UGAAAACAAUACUUCUUUCGCGUUGGAAGUGAAGUGUACAGCAGAUUCGUAAGCCAAAUCUAUUCAAUCUUAACUUCUCAUUCUAACCUAGCGUUGGUGCCGCCGUAAAACUUAUCGAGUCAUGUCUCUGUUUGGUGAAUAUCCGUGCACAAAUCAAUCAGUUGCUCCAAUCUACAUCUCGUUUACUACGGCCACGAUAUGUGUUCCGCUGUGUCUAUUUACCAUCGCUGGAAAUUUACUCGUCGUGUUAGCAAUCUUCAUCGAUCCAAACAAAGAUCUAAAGUCACCUUUUAACCAUUUUGUGGCCAACCUUGCCAUUAGCGAUCUAUUGGUGGGAUUCGUCGUUGACCCGACUGCGGUGGUGUACCAUGUAAAGGAAGGAGUUGAGAGGAAACUGCCACCUUUACCCUACAUUCACAUGCCGUACUUCAUUUCAUGUACAGCUUCUGUUCUCAGUUUGGCAGCUUUAACAUUGGAUCGAUAUUUGGCGAUAACUUCUCCGCUAACCUACAGAACAAAAUUGAAUCCUAAGCGAGCAGGUUUUGUGGCGGCUGGCAUCUGGUUAUUCUCACUAAGUUUCCCAUUCAUAUACCUUGUUACAGGCUACCUUACAUAUUCAUUUGUCUUUCUCCACACAGUCGUAAUUGGCACUCUCUUAGUCAUCCUUCUAACAUAUCUGAAGAUAUUUCGAGUGUUCAAAGAUCAAGUGAGACAGUGGGAUUCUUUGGAUCAAACGAACGUGGACAAUCAGGCGAGGAGACAGGCGGCAAGAAGGGAACAGAAAGUGACGAAGACCUUUAUUAUUAUGCUGACCCUCUUCUUAGCAUGCUAUCUGCCUUCCUGUAUCUGCAUUUACAUUAUUAAUUUAUGCACAGUCUGCAGUUGCACACUUAUUCACUGGGCAAGAGAUAUUCCUUUCCUUCUGAUCUUAGCCAAUUCAGGAGUGAACCCGUUUCUGUAUGCCUGGCGGUUUGAAAAUUUCAGGAAAGCGUUCAUGAAGCUUUUGAGGAACAGAAAGUGUUGUCGACAACGAAGCCAAAGAACCUUAAGAUUUGACAACGUCGCCAUGGAGACGAUGGACAACUGAGUUAAAGCAGUGACUAGUAAAAGGCUACAAAUGGAGAACAAAAAGUAACCAAGGCUGCUAUCGCAGUAUAGGCUUUGUUCUUACUGUAUCUCCGGUUGUAAGUUUAUACCGGCAGUCAGUCAGAGAUUUUCAUUUUACUUUGAUCCUCGCCAUUUCAGGAGUGAAUGCGUUUGUUCGUGCUCAGGCUCCGAAAAGCGUUUUUAAAAUCUUCUGACGUGGAGAGAGUGUUUAGAAUUAGAAUUUGACAUCUUCAGAGGGAAUACCUCACGUUAUUAAAAGGAGCAAACUGUAAACAUGUUAAAUACGGCGAACUUUAAAAAUCUUUUAAGAUACUAUUUCUUUAUUGAGAUUCUCUUAUCCUUGGUUUGGGAAAUCCCAAAACAUCGAACUCAUGAAGAGCUCAAGUGAAAAGUGCCGAGCGAAUUCAAUUUGUAUACAUAUAUCUUAAAAAUACACAGUAAUUUCUA